CUGUGCCAGAGUCCAGUCAGGUGAGGGUCUCUUGAACUAUUCAGAUAGUCAGAGGAUUGUUGCUGUCUGUGGCUUUCUGUUACUUUCUCUAUGGCUGCGGUUGAAACUGACUCCAAAGCUCCUUUCUCUCUGGACUCCUACCAUGUCUCUGAGGAGCUCGGCUUCAUCCUCCCUGAGCCUCUGAAAGACCUUCCACCAUACUACAAGCCAUGGAUGGAUAUUGCCCUGAGAGUCCCAGAGCUCGUGCAGUCUCAUGAGCUGCGCUCCCAUAUUAACGAGAUGCCGAUGCUGAGCAGCAAGUUUCUGCAGAAACACCGUGAGUUACGGCUGGCCCACCUGGCCCUCAGCGCGAUGACCAUGGGUUAUGUUUGGCAGGAGGGCGAGAAUGACACAGUUGAGACGCUGCCAUGUAACCUGGCUGUUCCAUUCUGCGAGGUGUCACAGCGCUUAGGACUUCCCCCAAUCUUCACCCAUGCUGAUGGAGUGUUGGCUAACUGGAGGAAGAGGGACCCUGAGGGGCCUUUUGACAUGGAGAACCUGGAGCUCCUGGUCAGCCUCCCAGGAGGAGACAGUGUGCGGGGUUUCUUCAUGGUCACUCUGCUGGUGGAGCUGGCAGCAGUUCCUGCACUGAGGAGCAUUCCCACUGUGAUCAAUGGUGUCGGGUGUGGUGACACUGAGGCUGUGGCCAGGGCUCUGGAGAACAUCAGCCAGUCUAUAGAAGACAUGACAGAUGCACUCAAAUUGAUGCAAGUGCACGUGGAGCCUGCAGUCUUCUAUGGCAUCAUGAGGAUCUACCUGUCUGGGUGGAAAGACAACCCCAGUAUGCCAAAGGGUUUGGUUUAUGAAGGGGUCCAGACAGAAGCGAUGGAGUACUCAGGAGGGAGCGCUGCACAGAGCAGCCUGCUGCACUGCUUUGAUGAACUUCUCGGAGUCAAACAUGAAGAAAAAAGUGGUGCCUUUCUUACCCGCAUGAGGAACUACAUGCCACCUGCUCACAAGCAGCUGAUCCAGGACAUCUCGUUGCAACCCUCCCUGAGGAGUUUUGUCCAGCAGCAGGCCGACGAGCGGUUAAGCCAGGCUUUUCAACUCUGUGUCACAAGACUGUUGGCUUUGCGCAGCUACCACAUCAACGUUGUCAGCCGCUUCAUCACUGUACCUGCUGCCCGCGCACGACAACUCCGUGACCAGAGCCGGGACCUCGAGGCGGAGAUGAUCAGCAGAGCGCCCACUGCACUGGAGGAGAGGGGUACCGGUGGCUCCGGUAUCAUGACCUUCCUAAAAACUGUGAGGGACCAAACAAAAGACGCCUUCCUGCCUGAGACGAGUUAAGAGAUGAAGUUGAUGUGAACUGUUAUCACUGAGAAUACACAGCAGAUCAACUACAUCACUUAAAACAGGAAGUAAAUCACCUCUGAUUAUUGAGCACACUAUUUAAUCCAGUAUGUCAUUAAAAGGAUGUCUUUUGGCAGAA